AUGGCAGACACAAGCGAGCCGCAGCGCGGGGCUGGCGCGGAAGCGGGAGCUGCUGUCCCUCCCCCUGCUCCAGCUUCGGAGACGACAUCUGCUCUACCACAAUCGCACCCAGAUUCGCAACCAGAAGGAGAUCAGACUCAGAGACAGGAUAAUGGAGAGAAGGCUGCUCCUUCUGUGCCGGACUCACGGCCAACGGUGCUGAUCAUUGGUGGACUCGGUAGGACUUAUUAGCACCAUCCAACAACACGUCCGACAGCACACUCAUCCAGAAGAAUAGGCUACAUCGGCCGCUUCCUCGCCGAUCACAUACACCGCAACAAACUCGCCUCUACCCUUCGUCUAGUCGACAAACAGCUCCCUCAACUAGCUUCCCUCGCUCCUGAACACAAGGAAGCCUGCUCAGACGAAAACUUCCUCCAAGCAGACGCUUCCCGCGAACAGUCGCAAUCCCGAAUCUUCGACCUCCCGCCUGCCGCCGAUGGCUCCAAACGCCAAUUCGAUUACGUCUUCAACUGCGGUGGAGAGACGCGUUACUCGCAGGAAGAUGAAGUCUACAAGCUCCGUAGCUACCAAUUGAGCUUGACCGUUGGCAAGGAAGCCGCGAAUCGUGGAGUGAAAGCAUUCGUCGAAGUGAGCACAGGAUCGGUCUAUAAUCCCAACAAAACGCCUCAGAAAGAAAAGGACAAGACGACGAAACCGCAUACCAAGCAGGCGAAAUGGAAAGUCUCGGCGGAAGAAGAAUUGGCCAAGAUUGAAGGGUUGAGGUUGGUGAUUCUGAGGUUUCCGCAUGUCUAUGGACCUUAUGAUCGGAGGUGGUUGGGCACACAGCUUGCUCUGGCAAGGGUAUACCAAAGUCGCGAGAAGGAAACGUUGAAAUGGCUCUGGAACGGAGAUCUGAGAACAAACACCCUCCACGUGGAAGAUGCAGCCCGAGCGUGCUGGGAAGCAGCCCAAUGGAGAGCAGUCAACGACCGGAUACCCAACGCGCCGAACGAUCGCAUCAUCUUCAAUGUCGUCGACAAGGGCCAAACAACACAGGGGAUCAUGGCAGGGAUCAUCAAGUCCGUCUUUGGAAUUGAGACGGGUUUCCAGAAUGCCCUUGUCAAUACUUUUGCGCGGUUGAAUCUGGAAUAUGUGGUGGAUGAUGUGAAUGACGACACCCUGGACGACUGGGCGGAUCUGCAGGAAGCCGCCGGGAUUAAGGAUAAGGGAGGAGUGUUGAGUCCGUUCAUGGAGAAGGAGAUCUUGAGGGAUGCGGAUCUUUCGAUCGAUGGCGGGAGGUUUGAGGAGGUUGUUGGGUUCAGGUGAGUUUUCCUCUCAAGAUAUGUUUCGUGACGAUGGAUCGAGUACUCACGAUUAUGGAUUUUCUAGACCACAGCAUGAACGGAUCACCCAGCAGGAAGUGGAAAGAGUGAUUGAGAGCUACAAGACCAUGAACUGGUGGCCGUGA